AGAGGGGUUUUGUCAAAGGAAGAUCCAUCAAUGAACAAGUGCUUAUUGCCCAUGAAAUGAUCCAUGGCAUUAAUCAUAACACAAGAGGAGAAUGGGAAGGAACCACAUGCACAUCCAUCACCUUGCCUAUGCAGAUGACCUCAUUAUCUUUCUAAAUGGAGGAAAGCAAAACCUGAACAGAUUCAUCAAUUUCCUAAAAGGUUAUGAGGAAACCUCUGGACAGAUGGUUAACCUUCAGAAAGUGCAAUUUCUACAACCCAUGUCUAAUGAAGAUUCAACUUGGCAUUCACUUCACGAAUGCAAUUUCAGCAAGGAGAUUUGGAAUCAUUUUGAGGAACUCUUUGGAAUCAACAGAAGUGUUAACCACGGCAUACGCAGCUUUCUACUAAAUUGGUGGAACCAAAUUAACAAAAAGUCAAAAGAUUACCACCUCAAAGUUGUGUUACCUGGUUUCAUUGCACACGCCAUCUGGAAAGAAACAAAUCUUCGCAUCUACAAUGAGGAAGCACAGACACCAUCCCAAAUCAUUCACCAAGUUACUAAGCAGAUAUAUGAAUACAGUGCAAUCAAUGGGAAACGAGGUCAAAAAUACCUGCAGCUCUCAAUCCCAACCAUCAAAAUGGGUGCAAUCCAAACAUUCAAAUGGAAUUUCCCAAAGCAAGGACUAUGCGUCACCACUGAUAUUGCAAUCUCACAGGAUCGAAUGGCAGCAGCAGCAAUCAUCCGGCUAAAAACUGGAAAGUUCCUAGCGGCAUGGACCAAGAAUUGGGCGGGAGAAAACGACCCUGAGGCAGGAGAGAUUAAGGCAGCAGCUCUAGGGGUCAAACGCGCUUACUUCCUAAAUCAGCCAAUCAACCUUUCAUGGACUCAAAGAAUGGGGUCGCUGUCUCCUGAAGCUGCCCCGUUUAUCCCCAUUUCCUAUAACUCAUUUGGGGUACUUGAUUCCAAUGAUGACACAACCCUUGAAGAACCGGAGGAGACACAUAAAAUCAUCAACAUUGGGGACAUGAUUGAGAUGUUUAACUGCACAUCUUCUGAUCGGGUGAUGAAACUUAACGCACUUGAGGAUGCAGCCCUGGAAAAUGAUGAACCAGCACUCUACACCCACUCGGAAGGAGAAACCACGGUGUUUAUUGACUCCAAAGUUGAACCAAUUAGAAUAAACACCUCUAGAUGCUCUAAGGUGUCGAUGCUGCUUCCUAAAUUAGCUAAGGGUAAGCCAACCUUUUCACCAUCUCAUAUGGUUACUAGGAGUAGGGCUAAGAUAAUAGCUGCAGGAAGGAAAGAAAAUCCCAUUAAGGGAGUUGACACAUCUGAAGAUGAGGGAGAGUUUACUGUGAAGGGCAUCCGCUCCGCAUUCAAGAAGACAUGCCCGACAAUAGGGGGGAGGAAAAACCAGUCUAGUGCACCUUCUUUGGAAUCUCAACCAAAACUUAGCAAGAAACAGAAAAGGAAGGCCAAACAGAAACUAAAACAUGCACAAAAUUUGGCGAUGGCUAAGUUAGCAUUCAGUGCAAACAAUACAAUGGAUACGGAUGAUAUUGAGGAUGACUAUGAUUUCUCAUAUUAUUUAUAACUCUCAUAUUUGGAACGGGACACCAUGGUUCUCCUAGCCUUCUACGCAGUUAGUUUGGAAGCUGUCAAGGUUAUGCGGGUCUUUUCCCUCUUUAGCAUCUCGUUUAGUAUCAAGCAGUUUUGGCUUAGUAAACAUUGUGGUUGCUG